AUGAUUUCUUCUUUACCACCAGAAAAUCUUAGAGAAAUUUUUGAAUAUUUAAUUGUUCCAGAAAAUGAACGCAAGGAAAAUCUAGCACUACAGUUAUAUAGUUGUUUAUUAGUAAAUCGGACUUGGUGUCGCAACGUUGUUUCAGUUCUAUGGGGUAGACCAUUUCAUCUUUUAAGAGGAGGUUCUUCACAACUGAUUAAUGUAUAUAUUUCAUGUUUUCCAAGAGAAGCUCAAGAGUCUAUUGCAAAUUUUGGGAUUAACUUAUCUGAUAUUUUAACUGGACCUUUAACAUUUGAUUAUAUAUCAAUGUUAAGAGAAUUUAAUUAUGAACUUAUUUAUAGUUGUGUACUGCAAUGGAUAAAUGCCAAAGGAAGAAUUAUUAUAAACGAAAGUGAUAAAAAUGUAGAUGAUGAGAAACUUGCCUUUUCAAUCACAUACGAAAUGUGUAAACAAUUUUUUUUAAAAUGUGGGACGUUGAAAUGUUUCAAAUUAAGUAGAGAGAUGUAUCCUACAAUUUCUAAUCAUUUUCUUACGAUAAUUGAUUUUCCUGGAGCAAAGAAUGCGUUCUCUAAAUUAGAAGAAUUUAAAUUAAUAGUUCGUGACAUGGAUUUUGAUAUCCUUCCUAUUAUGACAAAAUAUUGUAAUACUAUUAAAUCAUUUGAAAUAUAUUCAUUACCUUUUCUUCCAUCAAAUGAAGCUGGUAAUAUUGAAGUGAUAAGAAGAUUAGGAUCAUUAAGUGAUUUUUUAUCUAUGCAACGAAGAUUGAAAAAAUUAACAUUAGGAAUUGAGAUAAGAGAUAAUUUUAAUCAAAAUGAACAAACUUUUAGACCUAUUAGACUUUCCCCCGUAAUUUCAUCAUUAAAAAAUCAUCUGGAAUCUUUAAAUUCGAUCAAAUUACAAUAUAUUAAGGAUUUUUUUGAAGUUUACGUUGAAGAUAUUGUUGAAUCAGUACCCAACGUUCAAACACUUUUAUUUGAAGGUUGUAUUCUUAAUAAAGUUUCUCGGAGAUCAUUAAGAUCAAAAUUUACUCGUUUACGUAAAUUUAGUUUUUGGAAAACAGCUUUUACACUUGAUGCACUUUCAACCAUUAUAUUAAAUGGUAAUGAAACAUUAAAAGAAAUUCAAUUAUAUGGAAGAAUUACUGAUUCAUGUUCUGAUACUGAAAAACGAACAAGAUUAUUAUCAAUUUUUAGUAAUUGUUCAAAACUUGAAUAUUUACAAUUACAUACAAAUUGGUUAGAUCUUGGUACAUCUAGUGAAGUUUUAUAUGAAUUGGGUGAAUCUCUUCCCCCUUCCUUAUUUCAUUUAGAAUUUGAUCUUAUAUGUAACCCUACUGAUUUAAAUGCAUUAUUUGAAAGAUGUAGUUGUAUGAUAAAAUGUUUAGCUUUGGGAAUAGGAACAGCGACUACAACUGGAAUUGGUAUAAUUGAUGUAAAUGAUGCAAAUCUUGCAGUAAUUAGGGAAUAUGCAAAACAAAAAAAUUCUUUAAAGACAUUAAUGUUAAUAGGAUAUUAUAUUAAUGCUUCUUUUCAAGCAAUAGAAGAUACAAUGAAAUUUGUUAAAGUUAUUAGGCGAGAUUCAUAUAGAAAAUCGGAAUAUAUAUGGGACUUAUAA